AUGACGGAUUCACCAGCCGAAGACGUCCCCGAGACAGUCGCCCGCUCCUCGACAACUUAUAUCCCACCCUCAGUCCAUCGUGAAGCCCUUCUCUCAGGCUCAUCAUUCAACCACUUCUCCCCCGUUCCCUCCUCUCUACUUCCCAGCGACCCUUCUGAUCCCUCCUCAGCAACUCCAUGUUGUCUCGGUGUCGACGAAGCCGGACGUGGCCCUGUUCUCGGCCCCAUGGUCUACGGCGUCUUCUUUCUCCCCAUAGAUCUCUCUGAUUCUCUACUUCGUGAGAAGCAUCACUUUGACGAUUCCAAGGUCCUCACACCUGCUUUUCGCUCAGACCUUAUGCGCACACUUUGCACACCUGGCUCGGAUCUCCACGACUCUUGUGGCUGGGCAACGGCCUCGCUGUCGGCUAGAGAUAUCGGCGCGAACAUGUACCGACCUACAAAUGCGUAUAACCUCAAUGCACAAGCUAUGGACGCCACGGUCGAUCUUAUAAAGGCCGUGUAUGCACUUGGCGUAAACAUCAAGGAGAUUUACGUUGAUACAAUUGGCCAACCAGCAGCAUAUCAAGCAAAGCUGCAGCGCGUGUUUCCCACAGCCAAAAUUACGGUUGCCAAGAAGGCGGAUAGCUUGUACACCUGCGUCAGUGCUGCAUCAGUAUGCGCAAAGGUCACUCGUGAUGCCGCGCUCGAGGUUCUCUUUGAAGCGAGGGCAGAUGAGGAUGAGAAGGAUGGCGAGGGUAUGGCAUGGGGCUCAGGAUAUCCAUCUGACGGACGCUGCGUUGGAUGGAUGAAGGGCAACAUGCAUCCUGUUUUCGGAUGGGGACCGGAGUGUCGGUUCAGCUGGGGGACAGCAAAGGACAUGCUUGAGGCCAAGGGAAAUGGUGUCAAGGUUGAGUGGCCACUCGAGGAUGACGGUGAGACGAGUAGGCUCACCGAUUAUUUCACCUCGGGGGACAAGGAUAAGGACUCAUCGGAACUGGGUAAUUGGUUUGGUACGUCGGCUGGCUUGGAAGCAUUCUAG